GUCAUUACUUUGUCGUAAAGAUAUUUUUUUCUAAUAACAAAUAUUCACUAUAUUUCUAUAACGAUAAUUUCAAUUCGUGGAUAGCAGUAAACGUUAAAUUCAUAGCAAAAUGCCAAAACCAACAGCUCCAGACCAAGAAUUGGGCGCUAAAUUCGGUAGACCCGAUUUAGAACGUGUUGGACUGUUUUCGGAAAUGUCGUAUUUGCAUGGAGCCAAAUAUGCAUGGAAAAAACCCAUUUAUUUAAAAGGGGCCAAUAUGAUAGGGGAAGGUUCUAAAAUUAAAGCUGGAAAAGCAGAUUGCUAUUUUGAGAAAGAAUUCAAAAGGAUAUUCACAGGGGAGUCAAUAAAAGGGAGAGGAAGGAAACCACCACCGAUGAAAUUUAAAAAUAUUUCAGAAAGUCCUUUCAUGCCUACAGGGGAAACUAAAAAACAUUCCACACCUGGAGAUUAUUAUGGAACUUUCAAUACUUUUGAACAUUUCAGUCCGGUAACUAGAAAAACAGGACCGUAUAAACAUCAAUCAAGAAAUUUCGUAACAAGUCCUGGUAAAAAAGGAGGCUUCGGUUACAAUAAUAUCUGUAUUAAUCCUUAUCCCGCACAUUCGGCAGAUAAGUACGCGGCGAAACCAAAAUAUAAAGAAUUUGGAAAGAUAUUAAACGGACCAUUGGUUUCAUCCCAUUAUCCAUCUGCCUAUUUCGAUAAAAAUCCUUAUCCUGAUCCCCCAAACAUUAAACCCGGUAAAGUGUAUGUCAAACCUAAAGAAAAAGCGUUUCCAGUUAUACCACCUGGUAAUAUAAUUCCUACUGGACCUGGAAAACUCCUCGGCGGUUGCAAAUGCGGUGGAUUCGAUAAAUUCCCGGAAUACAAAUCGAACAAAUACUUCACCAUUUGGGAUUUGGAUAAGCCUAAGAAACAUGUAGGAGGUGUUUGGUUUCCUCAGCCCACUGUUCAGAAAAGUCUAUACACAUGUUCGGUGAUUCAAGAGAAUAUUAGGUUUAGAUUAAAUGAAAGAACUUUGAAAAAAUUUGCACCUUCUUAUACUAAAUAUUUGGAAUGAUGUUUUUUCAAUAAUACGUUUGAGUUUAAUUGGUUAUUCUGUAUAAUUCACGAAUAUUAGAUGAAAUACUCUUCUUACUUGUCAAUUUUUAAAUUAAAUAUUCAUCGGGUAUGAAUAAAA